CGUUGCCUGCCGCGCACUUUCCUCUUGCGAGCGCCUCUCCCAUGUGCUGCCAUGCGGCGAGCGCUCCGCUCCGGGCUGCGCGCGGCUGCCCUUGUCCUGGCAGCCUGCGCCUCUCUCUGCACAGGUUUAACAUGCAUGUGCCAACUGUGUGAGAAAACAAACUUCACUUGUGAAACUGAGGGAGCAUGUUGGGCGUCUGUCAUGCUAACAAAUGGUAAACAAGAGGUAAUAAAGUCAUGUUUAUCCCUUCUGCAACUGAAGGCACAAAUCUUCUGCCACAGUUCUAAGAACAUAACCAGGACGGAAUGCUGCUAUACAGAUUUCUGCAAUAAUGUCACCAUUUACCUGCCCACAGGUACAGACCCUUCAAGCAAACCAAAGCCGUGGCCUGUGGAGCUGACAGUGAUCAUAAUUGUACCAGUAUGUGUCUUGUCUAUCGCUUUAAUGCUGACUGUGUACACUUGUCAAGGCCACCACUGCAAAAUCAUAAAGAAGAAAAGGGCAAAUAUUGAAGAACCUCUCUCUGAAUGCAACCUAGUGAACCCAGGAAAAACACUCAGAGAUCUGAUUUUUGAUAUGACAACAUCGGGUUCUGGAUCUGGUUUACCUUUACUCGUCCAAAGAACAAUUGCAAGGACUAUUGUUCUUCAGGACAUCAUCGGAAAAGGUCGAUUUGGUGAAGUCUGGCGUGGAAAAUGGUGCGGGGAGGAUGUAGCUGUGAAGAUAUUUUCCUCAAGAGAUGAAAGGUCUUGGUUUCGUGAAGCAGAAAUCUAUCAGACAAUAAUGCUGAGGCAUGAAAAUAUCUUGGGUUUUAUUGCUGCUGAUAACAAGGAUAAUGGAACCUGGACUCAGCUGUGGCUUGUAUCCGAAUACCAUGAACAAGGAUCUUUGUAUGACUACUUAAACAGCAACAUGGUGACUGUUGAUGGGAUGAUUAAAUUGGCCCUUUCGAUUGCAAGUGGCGUAGCACACCUUCACAUGGAGAUUGUUGGUACACAAGGCAAGCCAGCCAUUUCACAUAGAGACCUGAAAUCGAAAAAUAUUUUAGUCAAAAGGAAUGAAACCUGUGCCAUUGCUGACUUGGGACUGGCUGUGAAACAUGACUCUGUAUUAAACACAAUCGACAUACCUCAGAAUCCUAGAGUGGGAACAAAGAGGUACAUGGCUCCAGAAAUACUUGAUGACACCAUGAACAUAAAUAUAUUUGAGUCCUUCAAACAUGCAGAUAUCUACUCCCUUGGUCUGGUAUACUGGGAGAUUUCCCGAAGAUGCUCAGUUGGAGGAAUGGUAGAAGAAUACCAGUUACCUUAUUAUGAUGCUGUGCCUUCUGACCCCUCAAUAGAAGAUAUGAAAAAGGUAGUGUGUGAGCAAAAACUUAGGCCAAAUAUUCCAAACCAGUGGCAAAGCUGUGAGGUACUCAGAGUAAUGGGCCGAAUAAUGCGUGAGUGCUGGUACGCCAACGGGGCAGCUCGACUGACAGCUCUUCGCAUUAAGAAGACCAUUUCUCAACUCUGUGUACAAGACAAUUCCAAAGCUUAAGUUUGCACAUCCCACUGGAAUAGAGAAGGAAGGGAAUCAUUGGUGUUUCUUUUCGUUUUUGCGUUACUUUGAUUUUCCUCUACCUCACAUGGCACAGAGUACAGUAUUGAAGAGCCCCAACCAGAGCACUGGAAGGUACCUUCAUUGGUUGUUCAAAGUUAGAAUUAAUUUUUGGUUGAUGCAUUAUGGUCAGCCUACCUUGACUUCUAAAUGAAAGUGAUUUUUUUUUUAGGGAUGUGCGACAUGAUGGACAAAAGUGUUCCAUGUGUUAACAUGACCCCCCCCAACCCCUGCCACCCCAGUAUAUGAACCUCAAUGAAGAUAUGAAGCUGCGUUAUACUGAACCAGGUCAGGUCUUCCUAGGUCAGGGCUCCUCAGCUUCAGCCCUCCUGCAGAUGUUGGCCUACAGCUCGCAUAACCCCCGGCUAUUGGCCACUGUGACUGGGAUUAUGGGAGCUGUAGUCCAAAAACAGCUGGGGGACUGAGCAGGCCUGAUCUAGGUCAAUAUUGUCUACAGUGACUGGCAGUGAUCCUCUAGGGUUUCAGAUGGGGUCCUUCCCAGCCCCACUUGAAGAUCCCAGGGAUAGUACUUGGGACCUUCUGCUUUUAAACCAGGUGCUCUGCUACUGAGCUACUAUUCCACUACCCAAAACCCCAGGGAGCAUCUGAGGACUGAAUAUCACAUGCAAGGGUCAUGUCAUCAAGGCAGAGCACUUUUGUAGUCUGCAAUCAUGGCAUCCCAGCAACUGAAGAAACAGUAUUAAGAUUCAUUGUUGUUCAUAAGGUUUGUAUUAUAUUUGAAACCUGAAUGUACUAAGUGUAUCUUUUGCUUACCUGAUCCACACACAUUUUAUCCCUUCUGUGAAUGUUAUGAGAAGCAUAGCUUUCUUGUUAAUCUACAGAUUUUGUAUACUUUAUGAGGCUUCUCAAGAUAUUAGGCCUGGAACAUCCUUCUAGGAUCUCAAAUAGGCCAGAGGCCUGUAUUUCAAAAUCUCCAAGGGAUUUUGAGCCUUAAUGACUUAUCCUACAGGUAUGUCGAGCUUCCUGUGUUCCCUCUGACCUGCUGAAGGCUGCUGAUGGUGAAACCCUCAAUGGCACUGGUGCAACACAGAGAGCAGGCACCCCUUCUGGCCAAAUUUAGAAUGCAUUAAGUUUGUGUAUUCUAAACUGAGAAUUAGUAGCCUUUUAUGGCAGUAGAAAAAGUGCACAAAGGGAAGCAGCCAGACUGUUAGCCUCCCAGCAGAAGAGAAACAGACCAAAUCAACCAAGGUGUUUGAAGAAUUUCCCAAAGAAUCUUGUAGAAUAGCUGCUGCAAUGUGUAUAUCAUUUUGUUUUUGUCUCAUCUUUAUUAUCCAGAUAAGAGAGAGAGAUAAAACUGAACAUAUAUACUGUGAAACUAAACUUUUUAUUCUAUUGUUUGUUGCCUUAAAGGCAGCCAUUUAUUUAAUGCUUCAGGUGCAACUUUAUAGUUGAAUGUUGGAAACUGCGUUUGUUACAUAUCUUUUGCUUUCAGACUUUGUUCUCUGAACUAAUUGUUCCAAAAUCUUAGCUAAGGACCAGUAUUAGUAGGAUGAAAAUGGAUAGUAUGCUGGGUAGUGCCAAGAGGUAUAAUGGGGCAAUAUACUAUGUAUAAUAAUCAUAGAAUUGGAGGCGGUCUUGUAGGCCCUCUAGUGGAACCCUUUGAAAAUCAAAUUCUUAUACACAGUGGCUGACAUUCUGCGCAGUGAGACACGAGUGGUACAGACCCUGCUGGGCUGCUAUUCUGUUUGCAAUGCUGUGCCCAUUAUUUCCAGCAAUCAUUGUGUCAUGCAACUGGGAUUGUACAAUUUUAAACAGCAGCACACCAGACUUGUCUUGCAACACUUCAGACAUUAUUUUAGAUGUGGGAGUGUAUGUAGUGUCCAUGUUUUGCUGUGUGUAAUGUCAGCCAUUAUUUUUUACAUUUCUAUUAUACCUUUUCCCAGGAUGGUGUGUAUGGUUCUCCCCACUCCCCCCAGUAUCCUCACAACAACUCUGUGAAAUAUAUUAGGCUGAGAUAUAGUGAUACGAGAUAUAGUGACCAGCCUAGAAUCAUCCAGUGAGCUUCAUGGCUGAGUGAACCUAGGUAUGCCUGCUCCUGGCUUGACAUAUUCACCACUCCACCGCAUUGGCUCUCUUAUUUGACUGAGGAAAAGCCAAUUAUUUGAAACAAUAAGCCUGGAGUGUUGUUGUUUUUUAAGAGAAGAGAAGAAUGUGCAGUUUUAUGCAGGAUUGCAUUGAUUCAAAUAGAAAGGGGUGGAAGGAAAGAAGUGGUGUCUGAUCAUCACAGAUGGCAGGUAGCCAAAAUGAUCUGCCAAAUGUUCCUUCCAUGAGAAUGAUUUUCUGUGUUGAAAGACUGCUAUCAUUAGAAAAUCCUUGUCUCUCAGGUUGUUAACAGCAGAACAACAGGGACAUCAUCAGUAGUAGUAUUCAAAUUUAGUUUGGGAUCUGGGGGAAAACACCCUUAAAAGAACAGUGGUUAAGAAAUGGUGAAAUAGUUUAUUUAACUGCAAAUAAACAUCUUGAGGUUUACUUUUUAAAGCAAUCAUAAGUCUUUACACCUCUUCUGAGCUGGAGUUCUAAAGUAUGGUUGACAAUGAGAGGAUGAUUUUCAAUUAGAUUUUCAUAUGCUAGCCCUUUUGAAAUGAAUAAAUAUAAUUUGUGCCAGUAGAACAGUAAAAAGAUGGAUCUUGGGGUUGCUGGUUGUCUCAUGACAUCACUGUUGCCUCACAAUGAUUGAUUCCAACUCAGACUAGUUUUUCCACCAUAGCGCUGCCAAACCCAUCUUACAGUACCAGCAGAGCAUGUACACUGGCUUGUGAUUUUGGUGCAGCAGAUGAUGGCAUUAUGUUGGUAGGAGGUUUAUUGUAGCCCAGAGCUGCACAACUUUGGCCCUCAAACUGUUGUUGGACUACAACUCCCAUCAUCCCUAGCCACAUUGGCCAAUAGUCAUAUAUGACCCAUCUUUAUUGUGUGAGUUGACAUCUGAUGAUAUCUGUGAGUUGACAUCUGAUGGUAAUUAAUGGAGCAUUCAUACAUGCAAACCAUCAUUUGCAACAUUCAUACAUGCAACCAUCAUUUACAACCGUCAGUGAAUGGUCAUCAUGCAUGUGUGAAUGAGCCCAUUUGGUGGUUGUGUCAGUCACAGGACUGGUCUUUAAAUUUGCGUCUUGCAUUUUUGUGGAUCAGACACUCGCUCUCCCACCACUCAUUUGCCAUAUGCUUAUGCUGCCUUGGCAUUUUAAUGCUUUCUGCUAGUGCAAAAAUACCAGGCAGAAAAAGAUGCCUAGUAAGUGGGGAUCUUGCACCUAUUCCCUGUUCUUUAGGUCAGGGUUUCUCAACAUGUGGGUCCCCGAUGUUAUUGGCCUUCAACUCCCAUAAUCCCUAGUCCCAGUGGCCUUUGGCUGGGAAUUAUGGGAGUUGAAGUCCAAUUACAUCUGGGGACCCACAUGUUGAGAAUCGCUGCUUUAGGUAUUGCUGGUAUAGUUUUGAAAUCUGGUUUUAUGAAGUACCAUGUCUAUUUCUUGUGCCAUUCUGUGUCAUUCUAAUGUGAAUAAUGAGUUGCCUUGCAGAAAACAUCUUUAACUGGAUGCUGCCACAAGCUGCAUAUUUGUGUUUUGAAAUACUGUAUUAAGGAUAAGCCUGUGCCAUGACGUCCUUAUAUGUAUGAUGCUUUUUGGAAGAAAUACAUCCAUUUAAGUUUUAAAAGGCACCACAAAUGUAUGGUUCUACCAGGAGAUAAAAUUUAAAAGGUAGAAAAUAUUUCUACAGAAUAAGAUGGAAGUGCAAUAAAUUGAAUCCAAAGGAUCUGAAUGUAUUAUCUAUGCAUUAGAUGCAUAGUCUACGUUUUGAAGAAAGCAUAGCUCUUAGAGUUCAAGUGAUGCUAAAAGGUAGGGCAGAGCUCCAUUCUGGAUGGGGAUUGGGUAGUGUUUCUAUCCGCAAAUCUCCAUAAGAGUUGUGCAUUUGAUAGAAAUAGGAAUAUUUUUAAUCUAAGGCAACUUUAAGCUUCAAAGUUAGUUAUGGAAUUGAGUAAGUCUUCAUACUGUACAUGGUUUAACCUCCUCAUGUAUACUGUAACAAGUAAAAAUAUUUAUUUUUUUAAACAUUGCUUAAUAUUGCUGCUGCUUCUGGUUGUAAAUAAUGUGUUUGAAUGUUGUAUUUUUGUAUAUCUACUUUUUUCUGAAAGUGUAUUUUUGUAAAGCAGCCAUUUUGCUGUAUUAAGCCCUCUUUGCCAUUGUUUCUGUGAAGCAUAACCUCUUUUAAAUAAUAAAAAACAAGAUGUCUAGGA